AUGGAUUUCCCCCUCUGUUUCACCUCGUUUCCUUCCCUGGUUCCCCUCGUUUCCCCCUCUUCCUCCCCUUGUUACAACUUCCUAUCUCUCGCUUUCCCUCUCCCGCUCUUCCCUAUCUCCCCUCUUCCCUAUCUCCCCUCUUCCCUAUCUCCCCUCUUCCCUAUCCUCCCUCUUCCCUAUGUUCUCCUUUUCCUACGGUUUAUUCUUCUUUCCCUCUCACUCUCUUCCUGUCUCCUCCUUCCCUUUCCUCCCCUCUUCCUAUCCCCUUUCCUCCCCUCUUCCUAUCCCCUUUCCCAUCGUCUUAUCUCCCCCUUUCUCUUCCCCCCUGCUUCUCUCUUCUCUUCACCCUCUUCCCUGUCUCCCCUAUCUCCACUCUUCUAA